AUGGAAGAAUAUGAAUUAAGAGAAAUUGCUCUUCAAGAAGGUGGGAGUAAUUUAGAUAUUAAUACACCUCCAAAUUAUGAUAAUCCUGUUGGUGAUGGAUCAUCACCACCAGAUUCACCAGAUAUUCAAAAGAGUGAAAAUCAAUUUAAAAAUGUCGAAAGAGAAUUGGAAAUCGAUUCAAAACAAUAUUUGGCAGGUCAUGAUGCUGAAAAUAAUCAUGAUGAAAAUGAUGAAGAUUUUAAAUUAAGAAGAUACUUUGAAAAUUCUCAACGUAUGGCAUUAGGAAAUGGUCAAAAACCAAAGAAAAUGGGUGUUUCAAUUAGAAAUUUAACAGUUGUUGGUAGAGGUGCUGAUCAAUCCGUCAUUGCCGAUAUGUCAACUCCAUUCAUUAGUUUUUUCAAUUUGUUUAAACCAUCAACUUGGAAAGAGAAAGGUAGUACUUUUGAUAUUCUUCAUGAUAUUACUUUAUUCAAUAGAGAUGGUGGAAUGUUAUUAGUAUUAGGUCGUCCUGGUUCUGGUUGUUCGACAUUAUUGCGUUUAAUAUCAAAUCAAAGAGGAUCAUAUGUUGAAGUUAAAGGUGAUAUUAAAUAUGGUGGUAUCCCAGCGAAAGAAUGGAAACGUUAUCAAGGUGAAUCAAUUUAUACACCAGAAGAGGAUACUCAUCAUCCAACUUUAACAGUUCGUCAGACUUUAGAUUUCGCAUUAAAAUGCAAAACAAUUCAUAAUCGUUUGCCAGAUGAAAAGAAACGUACAUAUAGACAAAAAAUAUUUGAUUUAUUAUUAGGAAUGUUUGGUAUUGUUCAUCAAGCUGAUACUAUUGUUGGUAAUGAAUUUAUUAGAGGUUUAUCAGGUGGUGAACGUAAAAGAUUAACAAUUACAGAAGCAAUGGUAUCAUCAGCAUCAAUUACAUGUUAUGAUUGUUCAACUCGUGGUCUUGAUGCAGCAAGUGCAUUAGAUUAUGCAAAAUCAAUUCGUAUCAUGUCAGAUACAUUAGAUAAGACAACAAUCGCAUCAUUUUAUCAAGCAUCAGAUUCAAUCUAUAAUUUAUUUGAUAAUGUCGCAAUCAUUGAAAAAGGUAGAUUAAUUUAUUUUGGACCUGGCAAUAAAGCAAAACAAUAUUUUAUAGAUUUAGGAUUCGAUUGCGAACCAAGAAAAUCAACACCAGAUUUUUUGACAGGUGUUACAAAUCCACAAGAACGUAUUAUUAGACAAGGAUUUGAAGGUCGUGUUCCAGAAACUUCUGCCGAUUUUGAAGCUGCUUGGAGAAACUCUUCAAUGUAUAGAGAUAUGUUAGAGGAACAAAAAGAAUAUGAAAGAAAGAUUGAAAUUGAACAACCAGCAGUUGAUUUCAUUCAAGAAGUUAAAGCUGAAAAAAGUAGAACUACACCAAAGAGAUCAAUUUAUACAACUUCAUAUAUAACUCAAGUCAAAGCAUUAAUCGUUAGAAAUUCUCAAAUUAUUUGGGGUGAUAAAUUCUCAUUGAUUUCACGUUAUCUUUCAGUAUUUACUCAAUCAUUUGUUUAUGGUUCAAUUUUCUUUCAAAUGGAAAAAACAAUUCCUGGUUUAUUUACAAGAGGUGGUGCUAUAUUUUCAGCUAUUCUAUUCAAUGCUUUCCUUAGUGAAGCCGAACUACCACUUACUAUGUAUGGUCGUCGUAUUUUACAAAAGCAACGUUCUUACGCUAUGUAUCGUCCAUCAGCUUUACAUAUUGCACAAAUUGUAACUGAUAUACCCUUAACGAUGAUACAAGUAUUUUUAUUCUCAAUUGUAGUUUACUUUAUGUUUGGUUUACAAUAUAAUGCUGGGAAAUUCUUUAUUUUCUGUUUUACAUUAGUAGGUGCAACAUUGGCAACAACAAAUCUUUUCCGUGUCUUUGGUAAUUUCUCACCAUCACUUUACAUUAGUCAAAAUGUAAUGAAUGUAAUUCUUAUCUUUAUGAUUACAUAUUGUGGUUAUACAAUUCCAAAACCAAAAAUGCAUCCAUGGUUUGCUUGGUUUUAUUGGGCAAAUCCGUUCAGUUAUGCUUUUAAAGCACUUAUGGCAAAUGAAUUUGGUGAUUUAUCAUUUGAUUGUCAUGAUACAGCAAUUCCAUUUGAUCCAAAAAAUCCUACAAGAUACGACAAUGAUUAUAGAGUUUGUGCAUCGCCUGGUGCUGUUGAAGGUAUUUUAAGUGUUGAAGGUAAAGAUUAUUUGGAUCAGUAUUUACACUUUAGAUCAGAUGAUCUUACUCAAAAUGUUUUCAUCACUUAUCUUUGGUGGGUACUAUUUACCGCUAUGAAUAUGUUUGCAAUGGAAUAUUUCGAUUGGACUGGUGGAGGUUAUAGUCAUAAAGUUUAUAAAAAAGGUAAAGCUCCAAAAAUGAAUGAUGCUGAGGAAGAAAAGAAACAAAAUCAAAUAGUUGCAAAUGCUACAAGUAAAAUGAAAGAUACUUUAAAAAUGAGAGGUGGUAUUUUCACUUGGCAAAAUAUUAAUUAUACUGUACCAGUAAAAGGUGGAAAAAGAUUACUAUUAGAUAAUGUUGAAGGUUGGAUUAAACCAGGUCAAAUGACAGCAUUAAUGGGUUCAUCAGGUGCUGGUAAAACAACAUUACUCGAUGUAUUAGCAAAAAGAAAAACAAUGGGUGAAGUUCAAGGUAAAUGUUUCCUUAAUGGUAAACCAUUAGAAAUUGAUUUUGAACGUAUUACCGGUUAUGUAGAACAAAUGGAUGUUCAUAAUCCAGGUUUAACCGUAAGAGAAGCAUUACGUUUCUCUGCAAAGUUACGUCAAGAACCUUCAGUUUCAUUAGAAGAAAAGUUUGAUUAUGUUGAACAUGUUUUAGAAAUGAUGGAAAUGAAACAUUUAGGUGAUGCUUUAAUUGGUACAUUAGAAACUGGUGUUGGUAUUUCCGUUGAAGAAAGAAAAAGAUUAACAAUUGGUGUAGAAUUGGUUGCAAAACCACAUAUUCUUUUCCUUGAUGAACCAACAUCAGGUUUAGAUGCUCAAUCAUCAUAUAACAUUGUUAAAUUUAUUCGUAAAUUAGCAGAUGCUGGUAUGCCAUUAGUUUGUACAAUUCAUCAACCUUCUUCAGUAUUAUUUGAACAUUUUGAUCGUAUUCUUUUAUUAGCAAAAGGUGGUAAAACUGUUUACUUUGGUGAUAUUGGUGAAAGAUCAAAAACUUUAACAUCUUAUUUCGAAAGAUAUGGUGUUCGUCCAUGUACUGAAAGUGAAAAUCCAGCAGAAUAUAUUUUAGAAGCAACUGGUGCAGGUGUACAUGGUAAAAGUGAUGUUAAUUGGCCAGAAACUUGGAAACAAUCACCAGAAUUACAAGAGAUUGAGCGUGAAUUAGCAGCAUUGGAAGCAGCAGGACCAUCAUCAACCGAGGACCAUGGUAAACCUAGAGAAUUUGCAACAUCAGUAUGGUAUCAAACUAUUGAAGUUUAUAAACGUUUAAAUUUAAUUUGGUGGAGAGAUCCAUUCUAUACGUAUGGUUCAUUCAUUCAAUCAGCUCUUGCAGGUUUAAUUAUUGGUUUUACUUUUUGGUCAUUACAAGGAUCAAGUUCAGAUAUGAAUCAACGUGUAUUCUUUAUUUUUGAAGCACUCAUUCUUGGAAUCUUAUUAAUUUUCGUUGUACUUCCACAAUUCAUUAUGCAAAAAGAAUACUUUAAAAGAGAUUUUGCUUCGAAAUUUUAUUCUUGGUUCCCAUUUGCAAUUUCCAUUGUGGUUGUAGAAUUACCAUUCAUUACAGUUUCAGGUACAAUUUUCUUCUUUUGCUCUUUUUGGACAGCUGGUUUAAAUACGGAAUACAAUGAUAUUAAUUUUUAUUUUUGGUUCAUUUUCAUUUUAUUCCUCUAUUUCUGUGUUAGUUUCGGUCAAGCUGUAGCUGCAAUUUGUUUCAACAUGUUUUUAGCACAUACACUCAUUCCAUUGUUAAUUGUUUUCCUAUUUCUUUUCUGUGGAGUAAUGGUAAUACCAUCGUCAAUUCCAACCUUUUGGAGAGGAUGGGUGUAUCAUUUAAACCCAUGUCGUUACUUUAUGGAAGGUAUUGUUACAAAUGUAUUAAAACAUACCGAUGUAAAGUGUACAUCAGAAGAUUUCACUCAUUUUACAAAUCCAGAAGCUGUAAAUGGUGUGACAUGUAAACAAUAUUUCCCAAUUUCAGAACCAUUAACAGGUUAUGUUGAAGCAAUAAAUGAAGGUGAUGAAAGUAAAUGUGGUUAUUGUCUUUACAACAAUGGUGAAGAAUAUUAUAAUACACUUGGUUGGUCAUUUGAUAAUAGAUGGAGAAAUUUAGCUCUUAUUAUUUGUUUCUGGAUAUUUAAUACUCUUAUGGUUAUUACAUUUGUUUAUAUAACAAGAAAACCAAGAAGAUAA